AUGGGAGAGAGCCGAGAAUCCUAUAGGAAGGAUUUCAAUGCGGUUAGCAGCAAAACAGAAGAAAUCUGUACAGAUCUCGCUUUUACAACCACCCACCCUCCCGAUGUCUCGCAAAGGAGCCGCAUUGUAGCUGUCUGCGGUAUCACCGACUAUGACAACCUUGCGGACCCGGAGCUUGAUGGAUGGCUCUUUAGCGACUUCUAUCUGUUUCACUAUCUAUCCAACCCCCUUCACUUCCGCACUUCAUCCCAAAUAUGGCUGACAUGUGUCGACCCAGCGCAUCUGGUGGCCAAAUAUGGUGAAUAUGCUCACGGCGACCCCCGAAACGAGCGCCGAAUUGUCCUCGAGGAAGCGCUUUUGCCAGAUAUUCGCCGGGCUGGAAAUAUCCGCUUCGUGGAUAGACUUGUCUUACUGGAAAGUUUUGUGAAGACGGUCGAAGAGCAAGCUAGAGAGGCUAAAAAGAAUGAUGAACAUCUAAUGAUUUUCAUUUUCGGCCACGCUCAGUACGGUGAGUAUGGAGUCUAUAUCGGCGGUGCAAACCCCGAGUCAGACCAUUCUGUGCUGAAGGUUCGGAGAUUAAGGGAAGCUAUACCACAGGGGCUGAAUACGACUCUCCUUCUGACUUCAUGCUAUUCGGGAGGCUGGUUAGUUCACCCAGAUGUGAACUACAAUCACAGAUUGAAUGUGCCUGGAAUUUCAGCAUCGGACCCGAAUGAGGAAACCCUGUCCUGGUACAUGAGUGACAGCGUCGGCCGCGCAUCUGGAAGCACAAUCGCUGCUGCAAUACUCAGUCAGUUGAUAGACAUUGAGGAGAACGAAAAUGCGGAGGAUGAUCCAAGCUCCCAUCCAACCUAUAUCGACUUUGCCACAUCAAUCUAUGACAAAGCGAUUACCUUUGACACAUUUUUAAAGGAUCAAAAUGUGCAUUUCUCUGCACAAGUCGACGACUGGGAAGCGCAUUGGAAGUCGCGAACAGGGAUUCCACUUGCAAGACUAAAGGAACGGUGGGAAUGCCUGCGGCAGAUCCCGCCAAGCGGGACCAAGUCUACUGGUGAGGAACACUCUUUGGCGAACCGACAGACGGGCUCUCUUCAGCGAGAUCUUCAUCGUUUUGCAGUAGAGUAUUUGAAUGCAAGGCCGGGUCGGAAUAACGUGCCGCCCAACCAUACUUUAUAUGCGCGCCUGAGCAACUUCUUCAAAGGGGUCCCUGUGUCGUGCACGACAGAGACAGUCCAAGGCUUGCUGAACAAGGUAGUAUACAGGUUGAACAUGAUGGCGGAUGCGGACGAAUACGUCAAGGCGAUGGGCUUCAAGUACCCGUCGUGCCUAGGCUUCUCUGUCGAAGAUCACGAACUCAGUGACUCGCAGAAGAAAAGUAGACAUGCGGCUCUGGACUAUAUGAUCCGGGUGAAACUGUUCCCACGCAUGCCACGUGCCGAUUUUCCGCAUUUUACAAAACCAGAGAAUUAUCUAGCGAUUGUCCUUAUUGAAAACUGCAAAUCAGAAGCUGAUAUGAAGCAACGAGUGGAUAGGGCUUUGUGUUGGAAACAAGUGAGAGAUACCACCGUUCUCCCACAUGUCCAAGCCGGCAAGAUCGUAAACGACCAUCAUGUCUGUGCUAAUCUCCACGCAUGUGUUUCAGCGCUCAGAGAUAUAGGCCACAGGAUACACGUGAAGACGAACUUGUUGGCGCCUAGUCAUCGAGGGUAUUCGGCCGAAAGCCAUUGA